AUGAGGCGGAAGGAGAAGCGGCUCCUGCAGGCGGUGGCGCUGGUACUGGCGGCCCUCGUCCUCCUGCCCAACGUGGGGCUCUGGGCGCUGUACCGCGAGCGGCAGCCCGACGGCACUCCCGGGAGAUCGGGGGCGGCGGUGGCCCCGGCGGCCGGACAGGGCUCACACAAUCAGCAAAAGAAGACAUUUUUCUUGGGAGAUGGGCAGAAGCUGAAGGACUGGCACGACAAGGAGGCCAUCAGGAGGGACGCUCAGCGCAUAGGAGAUGGAGAACAAGGGAGACCUUACGCCAUGACUGAUGCUGAGAGAGUGGAUCAGGCGUACCGAGAAAAUGGAUUUAACAUCUACGUCAGUGAUAAAAUCUCCCUGAAUCGCUCUCUCCCUGAUAUCCGGCACCCAAA